AUUCCCUCCUCAGAACCAAUGAUCCCUUCAGUGGUUUACUCGACAGAUAUAAGAACCGAAGUGACGCCACAUUCGGCCAAUUGAUCCAAAUGUUGGACCGCAUCGAGAGGUAUGACAUCAUCGACGACAUGACACCCUUUCUUCGUGAAGACAGCAGACAUUACAAGAGUGUUAAGCCGUCCAAUGAUUCUUCAGAGCCAAACCACCAAAUGAUGGCAAUUGAGCCCAAGAUAAUCAUUUACGACGCGUACGUCUGUUACGCCGACAAAGACAUUGGUUUUGUUGAACAAUUGUCUCAAUAUCUCGAGUCUCCAAAUGUUGGUUUGCGUUUAUUCAUAAGGGAUCGGGACUUAUGUCUGGGUUCUUGGGCUUACGAGUCGUUUGCUCAGAUGGUGACCUCCCAGUGCCGCAAAGUGCUCAUCAUUUUGUCGCCUGACUUCUUGGAGUGUCCCGAAUGUGACUUUCAGACUGCUUUCACCACCGGACUGGCUAUUGAACAGAGGAAUAGAAUAUUGAUUCCUAUUAUCCACAAGAGGUGUGAUUUGCCACCAAUCAUACGAAUGCUCACAAAGAUUGAUAUGACCCGGAGCUUAGACACACCCGACUGGACCUGGAAUCGAUUGGUCAACUCUAUUAGGAUUCAUUCCGCUAACCAAUCAUUUGUCACCAAAUCCGUGGCUUAUGAGAGUAAACCAACUCUUCUCCAGUUGCCGUCCGUUCCGUCCGAUUCUCCAAACGGUUCACAACUUAUAUCCAUUGAAACGAUCAGCGAUUCAUGCAUUUCAUUGCCAACCCGUUGUCCCACACCCACAGCUCCUCCACUUAUAAUCACUCAGUCUUCUGUUUGCUCAACAAAUAGUGAGAUGUCUAUCAAAUCAGAUAAUUCUGAAUGUCUUCCCAUUUUAAGUACAGAAAAGGACAAGAAUUCAAAGAAACUGAUCCAUAAAACAUGGUAUCAAUCGUUACGACAAAAGUUUAAGAGUUGAGUUGAGAGACAAUAAUUGUUAUUAAAUUUGUUAC